AUGGUUCCGAAUCAGUCCUCUUGCAAUGAUGAAGCUGGUCAUCGGGGACCUGUGUGUAACCGCUCCUCGAUUCCCUCAGUGUCGAACAAUUGCAUGCUGCCGCCCUACGUCAGCCGCCAACUUCUCACCGCUCAUCUUCAAGUGUAUUCGGAGGACAGAAGGGCAAGGGGAGAGCUUCAAAGACAUCAACCUGCUUUAGCUGCUGCAGCAAGCCCAAUGCCAGUCCACGCGAACGAGUUGCGAGUCACUUACAAUCCCUUUGCUUUCCUUUUCCUGUAUUCAAAGUGGGCGUAUUUCAAAGUUGACUGGUCUCUGGUUGUAUUCACGGCAUGCGGCGUCAUUGUUGACAUUAUUCCAUACUUGUUGCAUCUCGUAAUUCUGGAAAAUGCGAAUCCGGAAGCAGCAGCCGAGGGGAAAUACAGGAGAGGACUCGACGGGCCCGAAUCCUGGUCCGAGAGGAAGUGGUUAGGACAGGUUGGAGGUGGAAUUUGCAGAGUAGAUUCUGGGUCUCGCUCUCAGUUCACAUGGUUAGACAAAUUGCGGCAUUCGAAGGGGUUCACCGAAUCAGAACCGUAUUCAAAUUUAGAGGAAUAUGUAAAUUCUUUAUCAAAAAAGGACGUUGCCAUCUUAUCAAAAGGGUUAGCCGAAAGUUCCGAGGAAGUGGUACAAGGUAAUGACCUGCACCGAUUGGUGGGGGGUACAAGUUUUGAUGCACGAAAUUCGGCAAGAUGUGGAUCUGCUUCUUCCGGGUUAAGCUUCAAGCAAACUCCCGCUGGCGAGCUGGAGAGAACUUCUAGUCUUCCUUUGUUCUCUUGUGAUGACAGCUCAAAUGCACUCGCCGCUCUUCAGGGGGAUGUGGUUCUUCCGAAUUCAUUUUGCAACAAGUGGAAUGCAGCGGAGAAACCCAAAGAUGAUAGCGAUAUUUUUCCCGGAAAAUCUUCCGUUUCAUCCGGCCUGCCAUCUUAUGAUGCCUGCAAGGAGGCUGAAUACUUAGAUCUUUCGUUAGGAAGGAAAGACAAAUGUAAAGAAGCGGGGCAAAGUCCUCACAAGCGGAUCCGAGAUAGCUUUGAGUGGCUUGCCGAGUCUUCGGACAAGAAAGACUGUACAGGGACAAAUUCUGAGGAACCACUGGUUAAUGACGUUAAGAGUGGGACAAUGGAGGAUCUAUGUGCUGGUAUUUCGCUCCGACCAGCCGUCAUUAAAGCAGGGCUAUUUGGGCAGGGGCAUGUUGAUUCAAUUGGUGAGCCUGCAGAGAUGAUAUCUGGUGUUCUUCACGAUGAUCAGACUCAGGCUACCGCCGAAAGUCUACAAAGAAGAUCUAGCAGGAACAGGAGUAUUCCCCCAUUUACUGAUGUAAAUACAGGGCAGGCUCUACAUGCACCUACUAUUGCCGAAAAUUCUCUGUCGUUCUCACCAGAUCACCCAGCGCAGCAGCCGAAAGAGAGCCUGGCGUUUUCGCUGUACACAGUAUGUAAACGAACUGGUAAAGCAGGCUUGACGGCGAAGGAAAUCAUUGCAGUAAUUGACAUACAGCAGAAUCUUGUAUGUGAAGGACCAUCACCCAACUGGCAACGCGAAGAUUCUCUACUACAUACGAAACAAACUGAGUCCAGUACAGUAAAUGAUUCCAAAACAUUUGGCAAUGGUGAGGGCAAGCUCCCGAUCAUUGCUCAGAGAUGGAAGAGGAAUCGUGUUGCUCAAGAACGUGAGGUAGCAUCAUCGGAACUAGAGAUUCAAGUGAAAAGUAGGCCUGUGCGAAGUGGACGACCGAAAAAGCUGAAAUAUUUGAAGCAAGAGAAUGCUGAAGAGCUCGGUAACCAGUGCAGCCGAACCGACGGGAAGGGGUGGAUUUGCCCCUUGUUGGCAAAACCUGGGUACCAACUAUGCGAUUAUCACCUCAACAAGCUGCGAUGCAAGCCGGGAAGUAGAUCGAAGAAGAAGAAGAAAUCGGCUACUACUCCCGCAGAUGAGGCACAGGUCUCUCAUACGCUUGAAGACCCUCACAUGGUGGACACAGCUGGGCACGAAUUUUCGACUCCUGGAGAUAGGGUCACAAACCCAAUGGGAGAUCUCGACCACUACCCAGAUUGAAUACUGCUUCUAGUUAUGUUACAUAGCGCCUAUUGAUUGAUUGAUUGAUUGUAUGAAUGAAUGCAGCUUAGCAGUAACGUUUUACCCGUUAGCUUAAUUCUUUUACACUACUGAUAUCUCGAAUUCUACUUGUGCUCCAAAAUUGCAGUAGACUAGGACCUCGCCCAAGCUUAGCACCUAGCUACUUUUUAUGCUUUUGGGUUUUCAUCGACUACUGGUAGAAUUUCGAUACUGAGCGCCAUUUCGAAGCACAUGUCACAUUCUCACCUUUAACACGCAUGCUGGCAGGUCUUCAUCCUGACACUUCUGAUUGGCCAUUA